AAUCUUGAAUGGGUUUGAAGAUUGGCCCGCGUAUUUAACACUUAUUGGGAGGCUCACAUUGAUCUUGUGUGGAUUCACUAUGAAGUGUUUCUCAAAACUUUUGGUUCCAAUUGGGAUUGAAGUUAUAAAGAUAGUUGUUUAUGCUUAUGAGUAUCUUACAUGGCCACUGUACUACUUAUUCAGCAAAACAUUGAGAUAUAUGCCUCUGCCCAACUCUCCUGUUGACAGCGACUGGACCUAUAAUGAGGAAGAAAGUCGGACUUUGGCACUUCCUGUACGUGAAGGUGAUCCCGGUUCGCCUUGGAGAGCAGUUGAAUCCCUCGAUGGUCUGACAAGUUCACUUCCUGGAUGUAAUGAUUUGGUUGAUGUUUGGCUCCGCACAGUUAAGCUGUGGCCUGAUUUGCCUGCGUUUGGAACAAGAGCUGUCCUACGCACAGACUACCGACCGAGUCCUGACGGACGACAAAUGAUUGAGCUCACUUUGGGUGAGUACUCUUGGGAGACAUUUUGGGACGCUGAACGUCGAGUAUCUCAUCUAGCAGCUGGUUUGUAUUCAAUGUUGGGGUCCGUUAAGGAACACAAUCAGCCCAUCGCACUAUGCAGUGAAACAAGAGCUGAGUGGAUGUUUGCUGCACAGGCUUGCUUUCGUCUCAACCGACCUGUUGCUACUUUGUACGCUACUCUUGGUGACGAUGCAUUGGUACAUGGAUUUAAUGAAACUGAAGCUGUGGUCGUGUUCACAAGUGAUGAGCUCUUAUCAAAAGUGAUUAAAAUUGUUCAAAAAUGUCCUUUAAUUCAACGUAUUAUUUACUUCACAAAUGGAGUUUUUAAUCGAGAACUUUACACAGAAGUUGACAACCUCGCUGUUCCGUCUGAAAGUGCUACCGCCAGUGUUGCAGAAGCCCUGACAAAAUGUCCGUCAAAUUUACAUUUACACAAUAUAAUUGAAGUCGAACGUUUGGGAGCUGCAGUAAUCAUGAAAGAUAGAGAAAAGCAAAAAAUGAAUGGUUCCACACCAAUUACAGGGAAUAAUAAUCACUCAUCAAACGGUUAUGAGGGUUUAUGGAUGCCUCCUGCAUCAGAACGUGCCAGUCCCUCGGAUUUAGCUGUGAUCAUGUACACAAGUGGAUCAACAGGUCAACCUAAAGGCGUUGAAAUGACCCAUGAAAAUUUAGUGAGUGCCAUAGCUGGUCAUCUACAACGUUUACCGAAACUUCGUAGUAACUACGACAUAUAUAUAGGAUAUCUACCACUAGCUCAUGUUUUAGAGCUUACGUGUGAAUUAUCCUGUGUCAUUAUGGGUGUACGAAUUGGUUACUCGAAUCCACAGACAUUAACAGACACUUCAUCCCGUAUUAAACGAGAUCACUGCUUGGGUGAUGUCAGUCUUCUUCGACCUACUCUUUUUGCCAGUGUGCCUACUGUAUUAGAACGUAUUUCUAAGGCUGUUUGGGAAAAAGUGAACGCUGGCGGUGAAUUUCUUCAAGCUCUCUUCAAAUUCGCAUAUGCUUACAAAUGUCGACGAAUUCACGGUGGUUUUCCAAGUUUCCUCGUGGAUCGGUUGAUUUUCCGUAAGGUUAGAUCGCUCAUGGGUGGGCGGAUUCGUUAUAUUGUUUGUGGUGGAGCACCGUUAUCAGAAGAUUCACAAUUAUUCACAAAUAUAUGCAUCGCACCUAUUAUACAAGGUUAUGGGCUUACUGAGUCAUGUUCUACUGGCACUUUGAUGGAGUGUGGAGAUCUACGAUGUAAUCAUUCUGGAGCACCUGCUCCUACUCUACAAAUUCGUCUAAGAGCAUGGCCUGAAGGUGGGUAUUCUCCCUAUGAUACACCGUCUCCACGUGGGGAGAUUCUUUUAUCUGGUAAACCGGUUUCUCGAGGCUAUUACAAACAGCCUGAAUUGACAGCUAGAGAUUUCAUAACCGAUCAAGAUGGCACACGUUGGUUUUGUACUGGGGAUAUCGGUCUAAUGCAUACUGAUGGAAGUUUAUCAAUUAUUGACCGUAAAAAAGAUCUUGUUAAACUACAAGCUGGGGAAUAUGUUUCCCUUAGCAAAGUUGAAAUGGCUCUUAGUCAAUCAGUCUAUGUUGAACAAAUUUGUGUUUAUGUGGACCCGAUGCAAAACUAUCCAAUCUGUUUCGUGUCACCGAAAUUAAAAUCGCUUACUGACUUAGCAGAAUCUUUGAACUUAGUUCACUUACUUCAUGAAGCUCGUUCAAAGCUUCCCAUAGAAUCAAUGAAAGAUCCGAUUGCUAUCGAACAUGUAGAACGGGCUGUUCUCUGUAAACAUCCUCAAAUUAUACAGGCUGUGUUAAAAGAUUUACAACGAGUCGCCAGAGAAAAACGUUUAAGUACAUUUGAAAUACCACAAAAAGUUGCUUUAGAUACCAUAGCUUGGACACCAGACACUGGUCUUGUAACCGAUGCAUUAAAAUUAAAACGUUUCAACUUACAAACUCGUUUUCAACAUGAAAUUGAAGAACUUUAUCAAAAGGAUACACGAGCGUAAUUAUUAAAUUAAUAAUAAAUAUCAUUCACCAAAUGAAAUAUAGAAAUGAAUCUUGAAAUGUAUGCAGUACAUUCCGUCUUCAUCAUUAGUAUUUAAUAUGUAUGUGAAUGGGUAUAAUACCAACAGCUUAUUUGUAUCAAACCUUUGAAAUAGACUCAAACAGUUAUCAAUUAAAUCAUAUAAACCGACAGUAUAUAUAUAUAUAUAUAUAUAUA